AUGAGAAAAAUUAACCGUUCUAAUAUUAUUAAACCUAGAGGUUUAUUAAAUAAAAAUAACGUAAACUGUAAAACUUGUAUUAUAUAUUCUUAUGAUAAUGAAGGAAAAAACAAAAAAAAAUUUAAAUCAUUUUUUAAUUCAUUAUUUUCUAAACGUUUUGGUAUAUCUAUUAUUGGAAUAAUAUGUAAUGGAUUUUCAAGUAAUAAUACAUAUUCCAGAAUUUUAAUUGAAACAGAACUUCCUUCUUCUAAUGAAAAUGUGUUAAUAACUUCAAAUAAUUUUCUUACCAAUAUUAAUAUUGCACCUAAAAGGCCAAAAGAUAAAUUAUCUGUUGAAGAUGCAUUCGGAACAGUAAAUAGAAAAUUAACAGAUUGUCAUAAUAAAUUACAAAAAAAUAUAAAUAAACAUGGGUUGUGGAAUAAUCAUACGAGCCUUACUUUUGGUUAUGCUUGUUCACUACUUGAUAGUAAUAAUACGGAUAAAGAAAUAAAUAAAAAUAUAGAUCAAUUAAUAACUGAUCAUAUAAAUAAUAAACAAAAAAUGUAUAUGUUAUGGUGGGAUGUAAUGAAAAAUGAAAAAAAAAAAUAUAAUUUAACAACAAAAUAUUUAUAUAAACAUCAUCAAAACUUAAUACAGAAAUAUAAAAACAUUGAUCAGUACACCGCAGAAAUGCAAUGGAAGGAAUGUAGAAAAUACAUUAUCUUAGCUAGAAUAAAGUAUGAAAAAUAUAUAAAUCAUAUAUUCUAUAAAUGGAUUAAUAAACCUACAACCAAAUCAUCUACAUUUAAAAAAAUUGUAAAUAAAAAUAGAACACUAUGGAAAAUGUUAACUAAUUAUAUUAUACACACAUAUUCACAAUCUAUGACAUAUUCAUAUGAAUAUAUUAGUAAAGACAUUCACAAUAAAAAUCAUCACAAUCCAACACAUAUAAACAAAGAAAAUUAUAAAAAUUUUAUAUCAACCACCUUAGGAAGUAGUCAAACACAUAAUUUAAACUUAUUAUAUAAUUAUGAACAAUUUUUUCAAGAUAUACCACAUAUUGAUUUAGAUGCAUUAGACAAUAUCAAAGAAGAAACACAACCUAUUGAUGAUGAACAAAAAAUAGAAGAAAAAAAACAAAUAAGUGAAAUGCGCACAGAUUUUGAAGAAAUACAAUUCAUUAUAAAAUCAGAAGAAAGAAUUAGUUCACUAGAAGAAUCACUAUAUAAACCCUUACCACCUUUAAAUGAAAAAGAAAAACAAACCGAUGACUUAGAAAAACACAACAUAAUAUCAGAACAACCAGUAGUUCAAACUGAACAAGAAAUGGUUGAUACAGAACAAACAAAUGAACAUACACUGCAAUCCAUGGUAGAAUCGAUACAACCGAUCCUUCAAUUAGAACAACCAGUAGAGGAAACAUUACAAUCAAACAUAAACUUAAUAGAGCCCGUUAUCCAAUCAGUACAUCUCGUUUUAGAAGCAGAAGAUCCCAUAACUGAAACUGAUCAAUCAAUUAUCCAAACGGUACAAUUGGUUAUUGAUUCAGAACAGCCAACAUUAGAAACUGCUCAAGAAGUACUUGAAGCAACAAGAGAAGCAAUUCGUACAAUACAAAAUGCAGUAAAGGUAAUAACAGAAGUGCUUAGAGAAACACAAAAUUUAGUUAAAGAAUUACAACCAAUAUCGGAACAAACACAUAGCAGAAACAUGGAUAUAGAAACACAUUUGACAAUAAAACAAGCUACUAAUAUAAUACAAUCUUCAAUAACAAAAACACAAGAACUAGUUCACCAGGUACAAGAAAUUAUAAAUAAAAAUGAUGAAGAAACUGAUGAAAAUGAUGACAUAUUUGAAGAUGCUUUAGAUGAACUUCCAGAAAAUUAA